AUGGUAGACCUGGUUGUUACAGAAGGCGUUGUGCCGGUUGCAAAAUGGACACUGAAAAUACCUUGGCAAGAGUUGGGUUAUAUGUUUUGUUACAAAAGCAACAGGAGGUCCCACAAGCAGGUUCAGGAUCUCGUUGACAAAAAAAAUGGAGUGAAGCUGCAUGUGAAAUCUGCAAGGGAUGCUUUACUGGCUAUUGGUCCCGGAGUUGAUCGCUGGCUCGGUGAUCGUUUUAAAACACUGGACGAGAUCAUAACAGAAAAGAAGACAAUUUUCAGUGAAGAAAGUGUAGCAGCAAGGGCAGCGUGCUGUAAUGGUUGGCUUCCAAAUUUGAAGUCCCGUCACUCUUUGGGAAGGAAAGCCAAGAAGAUGACUCUGAAGGUUGAUCAGCUUUGUGCUAAAGAUAUGGGGACUAUAGCGCAUCCUGCUCCUCACCCAGAGGUGAAAUUUCAACCCUCAGAACACACUACUCAGCUAGGAACCAACUUCCAUGAAGGAGCCAGCUCCUCAGGAGCAUCAAACCGUGAACAGAUACUCGCUUCCGAGGGGAAAAAUAUGUAUUUUGACUCGAGAAGAUCAACCUUUGUCGCUGUGAUGGAAGCCUUGAAGGGGGAUCAAAUCAAUCCGAUUAUCAUAUGCGGCUUGGGAGGCAUGGGGAAGACGACAUUGCUGGGGCAAGUUCAUAAAAAAGCAUAGGAAGAGCGUCUGUUUGAUGAGUAUAUAGAGGCAUCCUGUAAGGAAUCUAAUGACAACGCCGAUGACGUGAUUGAGAUUCAAGGUGCACUUGCAGAAUAUCUGGGCGCCAAGCUACUUGAGGACGUAAAACAGAGAGGUCCCAGAGCAACUAAGCUACGUGAAAGAUUAUCUCAAGACCACAAGAAGAUCUUGGUAAUGUUGGACAAUGUUUGGACGACACCCCCAGACUUUUUGUUGCAGAUAGGGAUUUCUCCUAGUUGUAAAGUUUUGGUGACAUCAAGACAACAAGAUCUUUUCAAGGAAAUGGACACAAGGAAGAAUUCCCCCAUUCAUAGUUUGCCGUAUGGAGAAGCCUGGAGUCUGUUUAAGAAGAGAGCAGGAAGUUGCAUCCAAUUAUCUGAUCCGGAGUUGCAUAUUGUAGCAGAAAAGAUCUUGGAGAAAUGUGAUGGGCUGCCGAUUGCAAUUUCAACUGUUGGAACUGCACUGAAAGGUGAAAGCAUUGGUAUAUGGAUUGAUGCGCUGGUGGAACUCGGAAAUGGGAACCCAGAAAACGUUGAUGGAGUGAUAAAACAUGUGUACGGGCCAAUAAAGUUCUGUUACGAGAGUUUACCAGGUCCGGAAGCCAAAUCUGGUUUUUUGAUGUGUUGCAUAUUUGAACAGAGCGCUGAUAUAUGGAUUGAAGAUUUAGUAAGAUAUGGACUCGGGCUCGGGCUCUUUAAGGGCACUGAUUCAAUGGUUAAAGGAAGAGACCGUGUGGAAUCAUUGGUGAAGAAACUCAAAAGUCGCUUUUUAUUGUCAGGCAUCGAUGCUGACCCGAAGCAUCUGAGGAUGCAUGAUGUGGUGCAUGAUGUUGCCUUACAUACAGCUUCUUCUGGAGGGUUUGUACUAAAGAAAGAUGACCAUGGAGUUGAUGAACAGAGAAUUGUGUUGAAGGGCACAAAGGAACUUCUGGAGUUGAUGGGCCGGCCUAUUUCCGAGUCAUCUGCUGUUUGCAAGUCGCUGAUUAUUGGUGGGCGUUGUGUGCUUUUACUGUUAGAGAGUGCAAGUGUAUCGGAGCUGCCGCCCACAAUUUUCAAUAGAGUGCAAGAUGAUCUCAAGGUUCUACUAAUUUCCAGGGGGUUUGUGAGUUCGUUGUCACUUGAGUCAAUAGACACGCUACUGACAUCAGUUGCAGGUCUGAAAAACCUUCAGUCAUUGCUUCUAGAAAACUGGCGUGAUGUACAGUUUGAUGCAUCUGCAAUUGGGGAGCUGAGGUUACUCAAGAUUCUUAGUUUGCGUGGAUGUAAGAGACUCGGGCAAUGGCCAUCAACAUUUAAAAACUUGUCUGAUCUCAAAGUUCUUGAUCUGACGGAUUGUUACGAUCUGAAAGCAAUAGCUCCAGGUGUGAUAUCAAGUUUAACCCAACUAGAAGAAUUGUACAUGUGGAAUAGCUUCGAGGCCAUGGAUUGGGUGAAUAACAAACAAGACUCCACCGAAACAAAAACUUGCAGAGUGCAGCAGCUGCUGGAUGGGGGGAUACCAAGGCAGACCUCCGGACAACAAGUGGACUGGAAAUCCGGGUUACUUGCAGAGUUGCUUUCCUUGACCCGUUUGACUACUUUACAAGUUGUUCUACCACCCCUCAAUCUAGCCACCACUCUCUUUAACAACCUCCAAAGAUUUAAGAUCUCCAUAGGAUCAAAUGAAUAUGAAUAUAUGAUCCGUUACCAUGAUGGCAACUACUUGAGGGUUCAUGAUCUCGAUGCAAGCACUGUGGGUCGUGAAAUCACUUUGUUGCUAAAGAAAGCCAGCUUUUUUUAUUUAAAAUUGACUGGGACUCAACUUCAAGUUCUGGAUGUCUUAAAAACAGUCAAUUUUGCAAAGAUGAAGCAUCUUACAUUCCGGACCUCUGUGGAGUAUCUUAUUGAUACCACGACACUUGUGAAACCUACUGCUACUCCACAUAGCAGCAGCGCCAUCUUUCCUCUCUUGAAUUCCUUGGAGAUCCUGUCUGCAGAUAAGCUGAAAGAGAUUUUUCACGGUGAGCUGCCAACAGGGUCUCUCAAGGAACUGCGGAGUUUGAGAUUAAGAGAUCUGCCUGCAUUGACCUAUAUUUGGAAGAAGACCAACAAUCGAUCUGAAUGGGGUGUAAUGAGAAACACUCUAGAACUGCUUCAAGUGUUAAAAGUAGAAUUCUGCCCCUCCUUGGAAGAGGUUGUUGCCUUUGAAGAUGAUGAUGAGGAAGUGAUCAACUUCAAAAGUCUGACACAGUUGACUGUCGAUCAUCUACCACACUUCACUUCCCUAAGAAAAAAUAUUUCCAAGGGGACGGAAAGGCUACCAGAAGACAUGAGCAGGGAACAAUCUCAUGACAUCAUCAGAAAACCUCUGUUCGACACCAAGGUUGUCUUCCCAGUCCUGUCAGAAAUAAUCACUUCCAGCAUGAAGUUCAAAGAGAUAUGGAGCAACCAGCUUUCAGCAGAUCAAUCCUUUUGUGAACUAAAGUCGCUAGAGGUCUACUGUUGUGGCGAACUACCGCAUUUGGUACCAACACAUAUGCAUAGCAAAUUGCAGAAAUUGAGGCACAUAUUUGUGUCCUACUGUCGUUCACUGGAGGAGACUUUUGAAACUAGAAGAUUGAUAAUCGAUGAUGAAUGGAAUGCUACUGCUUUAACAACUUCUGAGUCAGGAAAUCAAGGGACACAAAUAAACAAGAUGGUGUCUUUCAAACAAUCUCAUCAAGCCUUUCAGAAUCUUAGAGAAUUAUUAAUUUGGUAUUGUGAGAGUUCGAGAACUCCGCUCUCUCCCUCAAUUGCCAGAGGUCUCGUGAAGCUCCAGAAACUAGAGAUACAACACUGCAAGAAGAUUGAAGAGAUAGUACCAGCAGCACUAGAGGGUGAAGAAAUAGAGGAUGAAAACAUGUUCCCUCAGCUACGUCUUUUGGAACUUUAUGAUCUGCCACGUCUCGGAAGCUUUUCACGAGGCAAAUACAAUUUCAAGUGGCCACUAAUGAAACAUGUCCAGAUCCACGAUUGCUGCGAUAUUGAGAAGUUUUGUUUUGGAUCCCUCAGCACACCAAAGGAAGUGAAAAUAGCUGUCAGUACCUUAUCGAAAGGAAGUUCAAAGCUCAAGAAAAAGCUUAUUCUUGUGGCUGAACCAAGUGCAGACAGUGUUGCUGGAAGACUGAGGCUGAGGCGCAAGGCAGUUAGGCUUCUGCAAGCAUCUUAACUCAGGGGUCUUGAGUGUUUUGAAAAGCACCAUGAAGGUGAGAUGAGCAAGGAUAGAGUUCACAGUAGUUUUAGCUGAUGUUGCAGGAAACCAUGUUUUUGUGCAUGUAACUUGUGUUUUCCAAACAUUCUGAACUGUCCAAAAAAAAAAAAGAGCAGUACA